CUGUUUUUUGGCCUCUUAUCCAUUUAAAGCAAACCCAUAUAACUCCUUAACCUAUCUUCCUUCGUUUCUCUUCAUUGCGGUAAUUUGUUUCCCCAUUUUGUUUUCAUCAUAACCGAAAAAGCCAUGAGCCCCUCACAACUCUAUGCAAAGAAUGAAAUCAACAAUGCAUUGUUGCCACCACCUUUGAAAAUCAACCAGGAAUCUCAUUUCAUUCAAAAAUCAUCCUCUUCGUCGUCACCGCCGUCGUCGUUAUCUUCUUCUUCAACAUCGUGGUCCACGUCGUCCUCCUCCUCCCACGCCAUGGCAUGCACAUCCAACAAGUCUUCGCCGCCGCAGCGCCACCCGGUGAUAAUAUACACACAUUCUCCAAAAAUAAUCCAUACUCAUCCUAAAGACUUUAUGGCAUUGGUGCAAAAGCUCACAGGGCUUUCGCGUUCAGAAGAAGAAAACAGUGAAAACAAUAAAAAUAAUAACGUGACAUCGUGUCAACAAGAAGCGAAACAAGAGUUGGCGGCUGCGGCGGCAAAUACGGUGGUCGGAAGCGAGGACAACGAGACAUCCUCCGUGAUCACAGAGGAUAACAAUUGCUGUAGUAGCAUUGGGGAAAAUAAUCAAGUAAACUCGUGCUUUGUGCCGCCGAUUAUGGAGCCUCCGCCGCCGGUGAACCCUUACCUGGCGAACUUGCCGAUGUUCACGAUGGCGCCGAGCACCGCAAAGUUCCAUCAUCAUCAGUCAUUUCUGAAUUAUUCAGAUUCUUUGUUCUUUUCUGAUGAUAAUAAUAACAAUAACAUGAGGACCUUAGAUUCUUUGGAAGCGGUGAAUGAGUUUCGUGAGUAUUGAUUGUUUUCAAAGUUUUUCUCCGGUUUCAAUCCUGAGAGACCAAAUAAGAGUUAGUUUUCCAAGGUGUAGAAUUUUUUUAUAAACAACCUUGUAAGGAAUAAUGAUUUAGGCUUUGGGGUUGAUGUUGUAAGAAAAAAAUUGUAUGAGGCUAUCAGCUAGCAAGGAAGCUAUAA